AUGAGCCAGAGAAUCGACUACUGGACAAAUGAAAACGGACAUAGGCUAAGAUGGAGAGAGUGGCCGGUAGAUAGGCCGAAAGCAGUGGUGUUCAUUUCUCAUACCUACGGACUGCAUUCUGGCGUGUUUCAAGAUUGUGCCUUGGAGAUCAACAAGCACAAUAUUGGAGUUUAUGCACACGAUCAUAUGUACCAUGGAGAAUCGGAGCCAGCAACUCCAUGUUCUCCGAACAGAUGUCAAUUUCAUUGCUUCGACGAUCCAGUUCGAGAUAUAGCUGAACGCUUGAGAAUGCUGCGGCAUGAAAAUCCCAAAAUUCCAGUAUUCAUCUGGGGCCAUGGAAUCGGCGCGGUUUUCGCCAUUCGAGUCGCAGUAGAACAUGAAAAUCAUACUGAUGGGUUAAUCUUAGAAAGUCCCUUUAUCAACCCUAGUGAGACAGCGAUUGGCUGGCAUAAGACUAUAGGAGCUCAAUUUCUCAGCUAUCUUGUUCCCGACUUGAAAAUUCCUGUCAUCGAGCCUUCCUUCUAUACUUCAGAGCAGAAAACCCUGAGCAAACUUCUCGCCGAUCCUUUAUGCUCCCUUAGUCUUGGGAUGUCCACAAAUCUUAUCACACUUCUUAGCAAAGAACUGAAGAAACUUGAAGCGACCAUUGCAUUAUUGGAAAUUCCAUUUUGUGCAUUUCUUGGAGAAAAGGACCAGAUUAUCAGCCUGUUUUCUGCCUCGCGAAUCGAGAAAAUGUCGCCAGCAAAAGACAAGAAAAUCAUUAGCUAUCCACCCGGAAAACAUUGUCUUCACCUUGAGCAAGCAACCAUCAGAUCUUCAUUUAUCAUUGAUAUCAUAAAGUGGAUAGAAGCGCGAUCUCCUGCCGAAGCUCCACCACUACCGCCAAAGGAAAGAAAAUCCAGGCAAAAGAAGGCUCCAAGACACUCUUCAAGCAAUCGAUCCCAUCAUCGCUAG